GUCAUAUUCACCACGGUUCAUAUAUGAAAUAAGAAGUUUGACAUUUUAUUUUGGCAGGAAAAAAAAUGGUGUUUAAAUGUCAAGAGGAUAGCUUUUUAAAGCAGUUUGAGUCCAAAGUAAAAUCAUGCGAAAAAGCAAAAGUUAAAACAUUUGUGGACGGAAAUGAAAAAACUGUAGAUGGAUAUGAAGUUAUUUUAGAAGAUACAAUUUUAUUUCCCGAAGGCGGUGGUCAGCCUUGCGAUUAUGGAAAAUUGAAUAAUAUACCCGUGUUCCAAGUAAUCAGACGUGGGGCUGAAGCUGUUCACUUUAUAACCGAACCAUUUCAAAUUGGGGACACUGUGAAACAAGAAAUUGAUUGGGUUCGACGAAACGAUCAUAUGCAACAACAUUCGGGUCAACAUUUGAUCUCAGCGAUUAUUGAUCGUGAUUUUCAAUUUAAUACAUCGUCAUGGUGGCUUGGAGAAGACGUGUCUUACAUAGAAUUGGAUACUCCAAGUAUGACACCUGAACAAAUCAAACACGCUGAAGAUGUUUGUAAUGAAUUAAUUCGUGCCAGUUUGACAGUUUCAGUUUCUGUCAUAAAAGACUACGAAAAGAAAUCUGGAGAAAAAGGUGGUGAUUUAAUUAUCAAUGGAGCUCGAACACGUGGUUUACCUGACGAUCAUGUUGGUGAUAUUCGUGUAAUUACAAUUCAUGGAAUUGAUAGCCACAUGUGCUGCGGCACACAUGUUACAAAUCUAAGUCAAUUACAAGUAAUAAAGUUACUGAAUGCUGAAAAGGGUAAACGAAAAGAUAAAACUUUAGUAUAUUUUUUGGUGGGAAAUCGAGUUACCAAUCAUUUUCAACAAUGUUUGGAGCGUGAACAAAAAUUAACAGCUUUAUUAAAAAAUAGUCCAGUAUUGCACGCUGAAUUGGUGGAAAAAUUACAGAAAAAUUUGAAAAUCACUUCAAAAAAUUUACAAACUAUCUUAAAAGAAGUUGCUCAAAUAGAAAUUGAAAAAUUAAAAACAUCAAAACCGAAAUAUUUCUGUUUACAUCGAAAAGAAGCCGAACCUGAUUUUAUGAGUAUUUUUGUAAAAGAAUUGAAUGGUUUUGAUAUUUUCCUAUUUUUAUCGGUUGGGGAUGAAAAAACCAAUGGAAAUGUUUUGAUUUAUGGAAAAGAAAAUGAUGUUGCAGAAUUAGGACCCAAAAUUUGUGAAAUUUUAAAUGGAAAAGGUGCUGGAAAAAACGGGCGCUAUCAAGCUAAAGUUCAAAAUAUGAAAAAUAGACCAAAAUGUGUGGAACUAAUUGAAAAUUACUUUAAAACUUUGUAAAA